UGGCGGCAGGAAGGCCGCCGGGCCCCGCUGGCCUGGCCCCCUGGGGCUCCCGGAGCUGCAGCCGUAUCCAAACCGCUGGGAGUGGCCACCGAAGAUGAGCUGGUUGGAGAGUUCCUGCAAGAGCAGAAUGCCCCUUUACUGUCCCGUGCACCUCAGACCUUUAAGAUGGAUGACUUGUUGGCUGAGAUGCAAGAGAUUGAACAGUCAAGCUUCCGACAGGCCCCUCAGCGAGCUCCAGGUGUGGCAGCCCUGGCACUGUCUGAAAACUGGACCCAGGAAUUCUUGGCUGCAGCAGAUAGUGCUGGUGAUGUCUCUUCAGAUUACAAUGAGGCUGACUGGUCACAGGAGUUCAUCGCUGAAGUGACAGAUCCGCUCUCUGCGUCUCCGGCCAAGUGGGCAGAAGAAUACCUAGAGCAGUCAGAGGAGAAACUGUGGCUUGGGGAAUCGGAAGAUCAGUCUUUGGCAGAUAAAUGGUAUGAGGAAUAUCAACCUGAGGAUGAUCUUAAGAAAACAGUUAGUGAUUUCCUCUCUAAAGUGGAUGAUCCAAAACUCAAGAAUUCUGAGUUCCUAAAGUUUGUCCGCCAGAUCGGAGAUGGGAGGGUAUCGAUCGAAGCUAAUCAGGUGACCCACAGAGACCAAGAUCAGGCAGAGCAAUGGGCAGCUGAGUUUAUACAGCAGCAGGGGCCAUCCGAUGCCUGGGUGGAUCAAUUUGCACGAUCUGGGAACAUGUCAACUCUUGAUACGGAAUUUGAGCAGGCAAAGACUGCUGUGGAGUCAGAUGUGGACUUCUGGGACAAACUCCAGGCAGAAUGGGAGGAGAUGGCCAAGAGAGAUGCAGAGGCUCACCCUUGGCUCUCUGAUUAUGAAGACCUCAGCUCCUCAUCAUAUGACAAGGGUUACCAGUUUGAGGAAGAUAAUCCCAUGAGAGAUCACCCAGAUGCAUUUGAAGAGGGGCGGAAGCGCUUGGAAGAAGGUGACCUCCCUAAUGCUGUCUUGCUCUUUGAGGCUGCAGUGCAACAGAAGCCAGAUCACAUGGAGGCCUGGCAAUAUCUGGGAACCACCCAAGCAGAGAAUGAACAGGAGCUUUUGGCAAUCAGUGCCCUCAGACAGUGCUUGGAACUGCAGCCUGGGAACCUCACGGCACUUAUGGCUUUAGCAGUCAGCUUCACUAAUGAGUCCUUGCAGAAGCAGGCAUGUGAGACCCUGCGGGACUGGCUACGCCAUAAACCAGACUAUGCCCACCUGCUGGAGAAGGAACCAGAGGAGAGUGUCUCAGGGACAAACUUGGGGCCUUCCAAGCGUGUCCUAGGUUCCCUGCUGUCUGACUCGCUAUUCAUGGAGGUGAAAGAGCUGUUCUUAGCAGCUGUGCGCAGCAACCCUUCAACUGUGGAUCCUGAUGUUCAGUGUGGCUUGGGUGUUCUUUUCAACCUUAGUGGCGAGUAUGAGAAGGCUGUGGAUUGCUUCAGUGCCGCACUCAGUGUGCGCCCCAACGUAAGAAUGGGCAGUCUGUGGAAGCUGGAGGACCAUCUUCUAUGGAACAAGCUCGGUGCCACCCUGGCCAAUGGGAAUCGGAGUGAGGAAGCUGUGGCCGCAUAUCGUCGGGCACUGGAGCUCCAGCCGGGAUACAUCCGCUCUCGCUACAACUUGGGCAUCAGUUGCAUCAACUUAGGUGCCCACCGUGAGGCUGUGGAGCACUUCUUAGAGGCUUUGCACAUGCAGCAGAAGAGCCGAGGUCCGCGGGGGCAGCAAGGUGCUAUGUCUGACAACAUCUGGAGCACCCUCCGCAUGGCCCUCUCCAUGCUGGGGCAGAGUGACCUGUACGGGGCAGCUGAUGCCCGUGAUCUUCCCACACUGCUUCAGGCAUUUGGCCUCCAGCAGUGACUCUCGGAUGGGCUCCCCUGCGAGUGCAGGGUUGGCCCAGCCCAGCAGUGACCUUCCUUAGAGAGAAAAUGUUCGCUAGGGUUCACACAUAUCUUUGCUCUGGUAGGGCAGAUCGUUGGCACCUGUUUUUUCAAGGACCUCCCACUGAAGCAUGCAACUUCCCCUACCUGUCUGUUGUGGCCUGAGCAUCUCUGAGCGGUUCGUGCUGUCACCUCUGUGACUGACUGACAUUCUGCUGGUAGGCAGGUGAUCAAAGUGGGGAAGACAGCAACACCCAGCCCUCUUGCCAGACUGCAUUUGCAGUAAUGCCAGCUUGGCUAUGAUGCCUUACAAUAGCCAUUCUGCAGAGACGACCUGCUGGAUGAGUCUCAAGUGCAGGUUGCUUUGGUGGGGUGGGAUUGCCAUUUGGUAAAAGGGUGAAAAAUUCUGGGUUUUGAGCAUGCUUCCCCCAUGUAUGUGCUUGCAUGUGUGUAUAUGUGGGCUGCUAGGGAAAAGUGGGGACAGCAGUCCCCUUUUCUGGGUACUGGUAACUUCAUGGUAGAGCCAGAUGCUAGUUUCUCAGUGUCUCUUCAUGAGCCUUUUAAGAGCAGAGUAUUGUGCUUAUGCUAGGGUCACAGGUGGAGGCCCUUAGGCUAUCAGGAUAAGAGGAGAUCCCAGAGUUCAGACUUGAGGGAAUGUGAUGGGAAUAAAAGUCUGAAAUGUAACCUCCCUUCCCAGAAAUAUGGUGGGGAAAGGGUCAAGUCUUAAUUUUCACUUGAUCAUCUGUCAUUGUUUUUCUUUGUGCAGAGGUUCCCCAUCUUGUGUGUAACUGAAUCUUGUUAAUUAUAAAUAUCUGUAUAUGAUUAUAUUGGGGAAAAUGUUUUUUAAUUGUAAAGUAUUUUGUAUAAUAAAGGGUGGAAAAUUAAAAUUGCCAAAAUAGCAUCUUUGUGCUUCUGUUGGAGCUGCCUGCACUGGGUAGUACAGAUCUCUGGGGGUAUAAGCCCACUGGUUUUCAAAAGAUCGAUCAGAGUCUUAGAUUCUGUCUCCCCUUUUGACCCAGGUUUUGUUUUAUUGAUAGGUUAUAUGCAAAUGAACCUUAAAGGACCUCAUUUUGCUGUAGCCUCAGGCUUCAGUUCUGUGAGCCAGCAGAAGAGUUUCCCUGUGCCAAGUGCUCUCUUUUUCCUUGCUUAGGUUUAGGGGUCAGUGAAGCACUUUUUUUCCAUUUUCUUGCCAUCUGCAGUGAGGGAAGUUGUGUUACAUUUCAUCACUUUUUUGAGGAACCUGACUGCUGCAGUAGUCAAGACGGGAGGCUUACGCAGGGAACGCUUACCCUUCCUCUUCCACCAGGCACCUGUUUCUUCAUACCCCUACCUCACAGGCCUGUUUUUCUCUCAUUACUGUAAUGACCAGGAGCAGAAAGCAUGUGCAGAGAACAGUCCUUGCUGUACAUUUUCUGAGCUCUAGCUCUAGCUCCGGCCCUGUGGCACUGAAAUCUACGUGCAGUCUUCCAAAACUGCUGUAACACAUGCAAAACAAUUUGUGCUGCCUAAAAGCAAGAGAAACACCGCUGCUGUGUUCUGCUCACACAUGCUGCUCCUUGACCAGAGAUGUGCCUUUCAGUUUUUACUGAUCUCAGUCCUUCUGUCAGAUUCUUCUCUGCUCAGUGAAAGAAAAAUUAGUGCCUAUGCUGUUCCUCGCCUGCUGUCCAGGUGUUCUCCCUUCCUGAGUUCUCUGCUGUCCAUCUCCCCACUGAUUUCUUUUGCCUCUGUGGUGGUGCAUCCCCCCUGCCCUUUUCUCCUGAACUGCUCUACAAUUUCAGGAAUUCCCACCACACCUUGGCCUUUGUGUAAUGAGUUGGACGGUUAAGCAUCCCUUAACUGUACCAGGAACUACUGUGCGGCUGAGGAGGGGAGCGGCACUGUCCAUACUAGAAACACCAGUUGACUUGUCAAGGCAGGGAGUGAGAGCAAGGAACAAUCAGUUAUCCCCUGACAGCUUUCAACAUACCUUACUUGGAUCAUAACCCGAGCGAAGCGGCACCAUUGUUACUGGAAUUCCAGUAAAUUACCAACCUGGAUUGUGGCCAGGACAGAAAUUUACUCAUGACUAAAGCAAAUAAUCUUGUGACCCUAUAAAUAGUGGUCCUAAGUGAGUCCCUUCAAGCUCUCCUGGACCACAGCAGAUUGCGGCCAGCAUCUCCCUCUGAGUUGGAUGCCUCUCAGAGCUUGCAAACUCUCAAGUUUGCAAAAAUUGGAGGUCCACUGCAGAAGACCAAUGAGCCUGGGCUGAAAGCCUUCACCCCUUGAGGCUCAGUCCUCGCCUGUUGACAAAUACAGAGAUAUUUGAUGUGAAUAUUUCACUGAAUUCAAGGGGAAUUUUUAACAGGAAAGAAGAAAAAUGAAUCUGUAUCAAGGGUGACAACAACGAGGUCACCCAAACCCAGUCUUGUUUCUUCUCUUAAUCAAGAUAAGUAUACUCCUUCCAGACCAGAUGCAAAAUCCUUGGGCAGUUCAGAUGCAAGAUCUUUGGGACCAUGCACUACUAAAUUAUACUGGGAGUGUUGGGAUCUCACCAAAAGAUGAGACUUCUUUGGUCAUAUGUGAAAGUGAGGUGUGCCUGAAAUGGAAAUGGAAAAUGCUGCAUACCAAAGGAAUUAAAAUAUCUCACAAUAAUAAUAACAACACUUACUA